CGGCAAAGUGUUCCACGUCACGGAGCCCAUGGAGGCCGAGCAGCCCAUGACCGAUGACCGAGUCUUCUUCAUGCUCAACGGUGCAAACGACGGUGUGUAUGUGUCCUGGAACGGCGACUUCGAGUGUGUGGGGAAGGCAGCGGAAGUGGCUGCAGCGUGGCUCGGAGCAGACCGAGACGUGAUGGUCAACGGCGUGCGAUUGUACAAUCAGAUGGGCUGGCCUGUUCGUAAUGAGAAGGAGCUACGUGAGACGAAGAACAUCGUCCACGUGUUGCUGGACUUCCAGUUGUGGCAAUGGCCGGGUAUCAAGAAGGGUUACAAGUACGUGUUGGAAGACGGUGUGACGUUGACGACUGUGGGUAUGAGCCCCAAAGUGCUCGACGUAGAGUAUUUCCUAACUCAAGAAGAAGCUGACAAGGUCAUUGAGAUAGGUUCACCGUUCCUAGACCGGUCGAAGGUUGACGGCAGUAACUCGUCGAAAGUAGUGUCCCAGGCGCGCACAAGCCACACAGCUUUCCUGCCUGACAGCUUUUUUACAAGAGAUUUUCGGGUACGCUCUGCUCGAGUGGCUAGACUGCCAAGUCCCUCAUUUGCUGAGCGACUGCAAUUGGUUCGCUACAAUGCCGGGGAGUUUUACCGCAAGCAUCUGGACACCUUUGCAUCUCGUCAAUUUCUGCCAAAAGGAGCUGAACACAAGUUUGGCAUAAAGGCCUACAAGGAGUGGGCCAACUGGGCUGCUAAUGCGAUCCGUGAGCUGUCCACAAAACGUGAAAUUCCGGAAGAAUUUCGCGAAGGUGGAUCACUUUUCCCGGAUGCUGAAGACAACCAGCGUUUCCCCAACGCUUUAGCUAAACUCUUUUAUCCUGAAGCGAACGCAACUAACCUGUUUAAGGCAUUGUCGGACGAAGCGUGGCUCACGUGGUUGGACGAAAACGUUAACAACAAUGCGACGGGGGUCAUGGACAGUCUUCUCGCUGAAGACAAGAAGCCGCACUAUUUACCUAUGCUCGUCAGUGCAUGGGAAAAAGCUUUGGAUCUACCGGAGCUGCACUACAGUUUCCCAAAGCCGGAAAUGAAUUCAGUGUCGCACUUCUUCGCGUGGAUUCGAUGGGCCAAGGAGCGGAUCAGCUUCCUAGGCGAUGAAACUCCAAGUGUGGCAAGUCCAUCGGGAGAGCUCUACCCAAUGUACACAAUUGAGUUCCAAGAGAUGAUGCUUGGCUUUGUGUUGGACGACCAUACCCCAGGGUUAAUCACUCGUAUCACUAAUGCUGAAUGGUACGACUAUAUGGUUGAACACCGUGGAAAGAACCACAUUUUGUUCAAGGUACUCAAAGCAUUCCCGCAAUUUGCGGAACUGGUGAUCAAGACGUGGGAAUCCCGCGUACGUGCACCCGCUCAAUUGCGUUAUACGCUACCUGCUUACGUUAAGCAUUUCCAUCCUCAACGGUACGUCACCCUGUUCUUGUAUCUGAACAACCAAACCAAGAUUGGAGGCGAGACAGUGUUUCCCUACUCUCUGGAUCGGUAUUCAGACGAGAAGAUUGUGCGUGAUGGCAUGGAUGAGUGCUCUUCCGGGCUAGCAGUGCCCCCUCUGGGCUUGCACGCUUCUCUCUUCUACGUCCAAACGCCCGAAGGCGAUGUGGAUCAGCUCAGUCGUCAUGGUGGCUGCCCUCCGCAUGAGGGAACCAAGUGGGGAUCGAAUUCCUUUAUGUGGGAUUCCGAUGCUGACGAAGCUGCAGAUCUCUGGACCACCAAGUAG